AUCAACGGUCUCUUCUCCCCUCUCUUUUUCACCCAGACCGUUUUAUAAUUCCAAAUCGGCCCCACCAUUAUUAGUUUAUUGCAAAACCUUCAUUAUAACAACGCGUUUUUCGACUUAAAAUAGCCACUAAUUUAUUGCACGAUUCAAGAAUCCACAACGCGCUAUUUUGACAGAUCCAACUGCAUCAAGACAGCUCUUUUUCAACUCCCACAUAAAAUAAUUUCCUCUAAAUUCGGCCGCCUACUUAUUUAGCACCACCACUUCCUACUCCAUUUCAACUUUCCUCUUCUCUUCAUCUAUAUACUACUCCUCCUCCAACCACAAUGCCAACCAUCUUGUUGAGAAUUUUCCUCAUCUACAAGCUCUUCUACACAGUUUUCCAGUACUUGGUACCCAAGAAGCUCAGAACCUAUCUCCCAGCUUCUUGGUACUCGUACACGGAACAACCACAACAUAUCAAGAACGAGCCUGUUUCAUCCUCCCCGUCUUUCCGCCCUCCUCAAAGAAUGGAUGCUGCGGAGCUGAGACGGGUUUUCCAGAUGUUCGACAGGAACGGGGACGGCCGGAUCACCAAGAGUGAGCUCAACGGAUCCUUGGAGAACAUGGGAAUCUUCAUCCCGGGCGACGAGCUGUCCCAGAUGAUCGACCGGGUGGAUGUCAACGGAGAUGGCUGCGUCGACAUUGACGAGUUUGGCACCUUGUACCGGACCAUCAUGGACGAGCGCAACGAGGAGGAGGACAUGAAAGAGGCAUUCAACGUGUUUGAUCAGAACGGCGAUGGAUUCAUUACCGUUGAUGAGCUGAACUCCGUGCUGGCGUCGCUCGGCCUCAAGCAAGGGAGGGGCGCUGAGGACUGCAGAAAAAUGAUCACCAAGGUCGAUGCGGACGGCGAUGGAAGAGUCGACUUCAAUGAGUUCAAGCAGAUGAUGAGAGAAGGCAGCUUCGUUGCAUUAGGCAACUGAUGCAGCCAACUCCGAUCUCGUCGUUUUCAGCUGGGUAAUUUUCGUAGACUGCAGUGUACAUAGAUCUUGGUUUUUUCUUAUCUCUCCAUUAAUCUGCCACAAGAUUACAUGAACCCAAAAAUGGAUAUAUGUUGCUUCACAUAGCCAUCUGCGAAGGAUCCAUUGAUAACAAAGUGUUAGUACAGAAAGCUGUAUAUUGUAUGUGCAAAAUUUUGCAGACUUUCAGACAAAAAGAUGAGAAGGGAGUGAAGCAUAUAGCAAGAUACUCUUUAUGAAUGGCUCAAAGUGGGGAUGCUUAAGUUUAGGAAAACAAAAAAAAAGGAACAUUUUUAUUCAUUCUUGUAAUUCGAGGCUUUCUGGCCUAUGUUUUGUUUUUUUAUUUGAUUUUUGUCACCUAGUUUUUGUUACUACUACAUUUUUUUCAUGUUAUUUGAGUCUUUUCAGCCGGUGAUGAAAUCAAAUGUCAAACUGCUAUAGACUAUAGUAGCUAGCACUCAAAAUUUCCUCAAUUCAGAUUGUGAAUGUAUGCUUUUGAUUAUGAACA